ACGUUCGUUGCGCGCCUGUUAUUUGUAAACAGGGUGAUCUGUUAUCAAUCUGCUAUGGAGCCGAAAUUGAAAAUGCUUUUAGUUUAUAUUCUUUAGUUCUUCCCCAGUGUGUUAGUGCAUUUACUUUCGCUAGUUCCUGAUUUAGACGUCUACAAUGGCUCCUUCUCUCCAUUUGAUAGAAUUGGACAACUUCAAGUCCUACAGAGGCAAGCUCACUGUGGGACCUCUGAAGAAUUUUACCGCCGUCAUUGGUCCCAAUGGAUCCGGUAAAUCAAAUUUUAUGGAUGCCGUCAGUUUUGUUAUGGGAGAGAAAACCUCAGCAUUGCGUGUGAAACGAUUAAGUGAUCUCAUCCAUGGUGCUUCUGUUGAGCAGCCAAUUGCACGAAGUGCCAGUGUCACAGCUGUUUUUAAGUUAGACGAUGGAAGAGAGAAAAGAUUCACUCGCUCUGUUCAAGGGUCAUCAUCAGAUUGCAAGAUUGACAGAGAGCCUGUGACCACUCAAGAAUAUUUGGCCGAACUUGAAAAACUCGGAAUCAAUGUCAAAGCCAAGAACUUUUUGGUUUUUCAAGGAGCAGUUGAAUCUAUUGCCAUGAAAAAUCCAAAAGAAAGAACCGCUCUGUUUGAAGAAAUCAGUGGUUCUGGUGCUCUGAAAGAAGACUAUGACAAAUUGAAGAAAGAAAUGAUGAAGGCAGAAGAAGAAACAAAUUUAUCAUAUCUGAAGAAGAGAGGUGUUGCUGCAGAGCGGAAGGAAGCCAAGCUCGAGAAAGACGAAGCGGAAAAAUACCAGAAGUUAAAGGAUGCUUUGGUGGACAAAGAAAUUGAGUAUCAACUGUUCCGUUUGUAUCACAAUGAGAAUGACAUUCGCCACUAUGAGGCUGAAUUAGAGAAGAAGAAACGUGAAGUGGAAAAAGUUGAAAAACGGAAAGAAAAAGCUGAAGAAAUCCUUAAAGAAAAGAAAAAAGAACAAGGCAAAGCAAAUCGAGAACUAGCUAAAACCGAACAGGAAAUUCGUGAAAUGGAAGUUCAAAUAAACAAGAAACGUCCAGCAUUCAUUAAAUCAAAGGAGCGUGUGUCUCAUAUUCAGAAGAAACUGAACAGUGCUAACAAAUCCUUAGAAGAGUCCAGAUUAGCCCAUCAAGCUCAUGAGAAAGAUAUUGCUGAACUGGAGCGUGAAUUACAUGAAGUUGAAGCUCAGAAACAAGAAUACGAACGACAAAUAGAGGGUGAAUCCAUGUCUCAAGGGAGAGAUGUCCACUUGGAAGAUGCUCAGGUUGCGGAAUACAAUCGCUUAAAAGUAGAAGCUCAAAAGCAGUCUGCUCGUAUUUUGCAAGAACUAGAUUCCAUCAAUCGGGAGCAAAAAGCAGAACAAGACAAACUGGACAAUGAAUUGAGAGCAAAAUCAGAUUUGGCCAACAAAAUAAAACAAAAAGGUCAUGAGAAAGAUGAGGCUCAGAAGAGAAUUGACAAACUUACAGAACACAUCAGAUCAAGUGAGCAGGCUUUAAAUGAGCAAAAGAGAUUGGAGCAAGAUCUAAAAUCUGACGUUGGCUCAUCCAAAAACAAAGUGCAAACAUUACAAAAAGAAUUAGAAAAUGUGAUAGAGCAACUAGGUGAUGCAAGAGUGGACAAACAGGAGGAUUCUCGACGAAAGAAACGACAAGAGCUUGUAGAAAAUUUGAAAAGAAGCUAUGAUGGAGUGUACGAUAGAUUGAUCAAUAUGACUCAGCCCAUCCACAAAAGGUAUAAUGUUGCUGUGACGAAAGUCUUGGGCAAAUACAUGGAGGCUAUUGUUGUCGAUUCUGAAGUUACUGCUCGUAAAUGCAUUCAAUACCUAAAAGAGCACAUGUUGGAGCCCGAAACAUUUCUGCCCAUCGAUUAUCUUCAAACAAAACCUCUCAAAGAAAGGCUGAGGAACAUCAAGGAUCCUAAACAUGUCAGACUUCUCUUCGAUGUUCUUAGCUUUGAGCCCCCGGACAUUCAGCGGGUUGUUUUGUUUGCGACAAAUAAUGCUCUAGUUUGUGAAACCCCUGAAGAUGCAAUGAGAGUCGCUUAUGAAUUAGACAAAACACACCGGCAUGACUGUGUAGCUCUGGAUGGUACUUUUUAUCAGAAAUCUGGUAUCAUGUCUGGAGGUAGUUUAGAUCUUGCCCGUAAGGCCAAGAGAUGGGACGAAAAACAGCUUUCCAAUUUAAAGCAGUCAAAAGAAAAAAUAUCCGAUGAGUUGCGUGAAGCAAUGAAAAAAUCAAGGAAAGAGUCUGAACUGAACACGGUUGAAUCCCAAAUUAAAGGUCUCGAAGUCCGAUUGAAGUAUUCAAUAACUGACAAAGAAAAAACGCUUAGUCAAAUUAAGAAUUUAGAUAACCAACUUACGGAUCUUAAAGAUAAGCUGGAUAGUUUUGGACCAAGUAUAACCCAGAUAGAGCAUUCAAUGCGUGAGAGGGAUCAGAAAAUUCAAGACAUGAAGGAAAAAAUGAAUCGCGUUGAAGAUGACAUUUUUGCUGAUUUCUGUCAGCAAGUUGGGAUCGCGAAUAUUCGGCAGUACGAAGAGAGGGAGCUACGAUCCCAGCAGGAACGUGCAAAGAAACGUCUUGAAUUUGAAAAUCAUAUCAGCAGAAUCAAGAAUCAACUUGACUUUGAAAAUACCAAGGACUUGAAAACAAAUGUCUUGCGAUGGGAAAGAGCUGUUCAUGAUGAUGAAAAUGAUUAUGAAAAAGCAAAACAGGCAGAACAGAAGCAAAUGGCGGAUAUUGAAAAAGACAUGAAAGAAGUCGAAGCCUUGAAAGCUACCAAGCUGACAAAGAAACAGACCGUUGAUGCAAUGGAAGAGGAAAUCGGCAAGGCCCGUCGAGAAGUUGGAGCCAUCGCCAAGGAUGUACAAGCAGCCACAAAGGGCGUUACACAGAUCGAGUCAAAACUUGAAGUGAAAAAGAAUGAGAGGCAUAAUAUUCUUAUGCACUGUAAGAUGGAAGAUAUUACACUUCCAAUGGAAAGAGGUCACAUGGACGAUAUUGCUCAGGACACCGAAGGUCAAGAUAGUUCUCAGACUAGUGAUAGACUCAGCCAACUUCAAUACGACAAAGAAUCAAGAAUCGUCAUAGAUUAUUCUGGCUUACGACUAGAUUUAAAAGAACUGGAUGAUGCGGACGAUGUGAAGAAAAUGGAUAAUAAAUUAUCAAAAAUCAUCAACGAGCAGGCUCAAAUGUUGCAAAAGAUUCAGGCACCCAAUCUGCGCGCUAUGCAAAAAUUGGAAGCCGCAAGAGAGAAACUUGUAGAAACAAAUGAAGAAUUCGAGACGGCUCGCAAACGAGCAAAGAAAGCAAAGCAGAGUUUUGAGCGUGUCAAGAAAGAAAGGCAUGAUAAAUUCAUGGCUUGCUUCGAACAUGUCUCUAAUGAGAUUGACAGCAUUUACAAGGCUCUAGCUAUGAAUCAGUCUGCCCAAGCCUUUUUGGGUCCAGAAAACCCAGAAGAGCCUUACUUGGAUGGAAUCAACUACAAUUGUGUAGCCCCUGGUAAACGAUUUCAACCCAUGUCUAAUUUAUCUGGAGGAGAAAAAACAGUUGCUGCUCUCGCGUUACUUUUUGCCAUCCACAGUUUCCAGCCAGCACCAUUCUUCGUCCUUGAUGAGAUAGAUGCUGCUCUUGACAAUACCAAUAUCAGUAAGGUGGCCUCAUACAUUCAUCUGAAAACAUCAUCACUGCAAACAAUUGUGAUCUCUCUGAAAGAGGAAUUCUUCAGCCAUGCUGAUGCCUUAGUUGGAAUUUGUCCUGACGCGGGUCAAUGUCUCAUCAGUAAAGUUCUCACAUUAGAUCUAUCCGAGUUUCCAAAGCACUGGGAAAAUGGAACAUAGUCGCUGAAGCGGCAUGAGCACAUCUAUUUUGUUUUUUCAUUUUCUCUUUUUUUUUUCAAAUUAUUUUUUCUAAGGCAGGUUUCCUGGUUAGUAUCACUUUUAUUUAGUCAAUAGAUGUGAAAAAACACAAAUUAUUCACUUUUUAAGGUUGAGAUUUUAUGAAAGUUAGAAUUCCAUUUCCAUGUUAUAGUUAUGUUUUACUGUAGUCAAUCCUUCGUCCUCUGUCUGUGGUAUUGACCAAUGAUUCUCUAAUCCUUUUUACUAUGCUAAUACUUGAAACUACAAAGCUUGUCAACAGUAACUUUCUCCUCUCUUUUUCUUUUAUCUAUUUUCUUUGCAUGUACAUUUCCUAUUCUUCAUAAAAAAAUAUUUUUAGCAGAAGGAGAAAAAAAUAAUUUCUUCAUUGUAAAAAAGUCUUUAAUGUUUUAGUAUUUUUAUUGCUAUGAAUAAAUUUAAAAUUUUGUACUUAAUGUGCAUUCAUUGAAAUCUUUAACAGAGUGUAAUUACCUUCUUCAGUAUUUUUAAUGUUCAUAAAAGUCAAUACGAACACGUAUUCAAGUAUAAAUGAAAUUGUAGACUCCCACCACCACCAUUAUCACGCCUCCUCACAAAAAAUCGACAGUUUUUAUCCAUGUAUUCACUAAAAGUGAAUUUACCAAAAAUUAACACUUUGCCUCAAUUCUUUGAUGACAUUAAGCAAAUUAUCCUCUCCCUCCAGUGUGAUGUAAUUUAUGAACGGCCAUGGAAUACACAAAAUGAACUACAAGCAAAAAUUUUAAAAUCAGUUUUGCAGAGAAAUAUAUUCAAGCCUGGCGCAUUUAUAUGGAACUAACAAACAAUUCCACACACUGUCCACUUAAAAAUCAAAAUGAAUUUAUCUCAAGGACUUCCUCAGUCUCAUUACUAUUAUUCCAUCAUAAAUUGAAAAAUUGCAGUUGACAGCUGAUAAAAUGACAAAAAAUAAUAUUACACCAAAAUAAAUUUUUAAAAAUUCCACAAUUUAUUGCAAUAGUUGAGACAAGCAGUAAAGAGUAGAAAAUGCACGAGCCUUAAAAUUAGAGGCAGAGUUAUGACAAAACAUCAAGGAAUCAAAGAAGAUUUGAGUAUUGAGAAAUUUGAGUGUAACAAGUAGUUAUGUUGACUUAAUAUCGAAAGUUUGUAUGAGCCCAGGAGAGUAAUGGAGGUCAAGCGAAUACAAAUUAAUAAUUUCAGAACCAAAUAGUUGGUAAAAUGUUACAUAAGACUAAUUUUGCUCGACU